AGACGUGGGCUCGUGCCUAACUGAAUAUUGAAACAGUAAACGGCAAAGUAAACAGCUAGGCUAGUGCUACUGCUACUGCGACUAAGUUUAUUUAACAAAGGUAAGAAAGACACACCACUGUGUAAGUAACUGUUAAGGUAAUCCAAAGGUAAGAAAUAAAGACACACCACUGUGCCUGCCGUGUAGCAAGAACCCCCACCAACCCUGGUUAAGGGUAACCCACCUGUAGCCCGUUGUAUACUCUCCAACGAGUACAAGUAGUCUUUCUCCACCGGUACCCCUCCCAAUAAUCCUAUUAUUGCCAGGAAAAAGAAAACAUUCUCGGAGAGCUCCCUUCUCACAUGGGUCAACGGGAUACUCGCCCGACAUCGAUCCAGACCAUGGGCAGCACGAACAAGGCUGAGGCUACGCGUGCUGUGGAGAAUUCUGCUGUGGAGGAGGAGGAGGAGGACUACUCUUGCCCGGAUCCCGGCUGCUUGUUCGAGGGCGACGCAAGGGUGGUGGUCGAGCACUUGGCCGACGCCCACGCGCACCCCAUCUACGACGUCAAGUACGGCGAGCCCUGGAACUUCACCCUGCAGCUCUCGUGGCCAUUGGACGUCAUCUUCGGGGUCGGGGAGGACGACCGAAGCACCUUCUGUAAGCAUAAGGUCAAAUUCGAAUAGGUUUAUUUCUGGUUCAUACCUAGUUCUAGUCGGUUUAGGAGUUGUACAGGGGAAUCAACGAGUUGGUCUCCUAGUCGUAUUCAGUUAGGCUGUUAGAUGUUGAGUCGGACUGGCCUCUGGCCGUGUAUAAGUACGGGCAUACGGUGCCUUGUUAUCCUAAUCCCAGAAAAUAAGAAAAAUAAAGCAGGCUCGACACGGGCCUGUAGCCAUACCAAAAUCAAUAUUCUCCUGUGUGUGCGUGACGCGAGUAGUACUGGUACUAGCUUGCUAAUCGAUUUGCUUGCUGGGCAGUUUUGUACGUGUGCGUCUCGCCAGAGUUCAUCGGCUGGCCGGAAAGUACUCGACGUGUGCGUUGCUUGUUGUUACUGUGUGACAGAGAUUUUGGGCUGAUUUCCAACAUUUGGUAUCAGAGCCAAGGUUAAUCCGGCAAAACGGUCCCUAGUACACGGGAGCUAUGCCGACGGAUGCGGGGACGUCGGGAGCCGCGGCUGGAAGGAACUCAGCACCGGCGACGUUUCCAAGGCUCGAUCGCAGCGACUACAGCAUGUGGGCAAUGAAGAUGGAGGUGGCUAUGGAAUCUCAAGAGAUCUGGGACGCAGUCGACCCUGGUGGCAACACGUACGCCAAAGGAGCGGCGAACUAUCGCAUUGAUCGCCUGGCGUUGGCGGCCAUCCAUGCGGCUGUGCCGAACGAUGUGCUACAACACCUGAAGGGAAAGAAAUCUGCGAAGGAUGCAUGGGAUACGAUCAAGACCCUACAUCAAGGACACGAGCGUGUCCGGGAGGCAAACCUUCAAACCUUGCUGAAGAAUUAUGAGAGUUUGAAGAUGGGAGAAGACGAGGCGGUCGACGCGUUCGCAGCGCGUGUAAGGACGCUCGUUAACGGGAUCCGCGACCUAGGCGAGACACUCUCCGAGAUCUCCGUGGUUAGGCGGUUCCUACGCGCGGCAUCACCAAAGUAUAUCCAGAUCGUAACCUCAAUCGAGCAGUGUGUCGAUCUGAAGACCCUCACGGUGGAGGACUUGGUGGGGCGCUACAAGGCGCACGAUGAACGACUCCGGAUGGUGUUUGGAGACGGCAAAGAUGACGAGCAUCUGAUGAUGACCCGUGCGCAGUGGUUUGCUAUGGCCGCAAGGAAAACUGGCGAUUCGUCAUCGUCCAGUGGAAGAAGAGAUCAAGCUAAAGGAGGAGGUCGAGCACAAGCAAAGAAAGCUCCUCAAGGUACCGAGGAGAAAGGUGCGGCCCCCAAGAAAAAGUUUGAUCGCAAGAAGGUUAGGUGCCACAACUGUGGAAUAUACGGGCACUUCAAGUCAGAGUGCCGAAAGCCACAGAAAGAGAAAGCAUAUAUGGCCAGGGAAGAAGAUGAUGAUCCGGCGCUGCUGAUGGUAGAGAUGUGCGAGCUGAUGGAAGAAGGUCAAGAGGAAGUCAUCGAGGAGAAGUCUGAGUCCGUAACCUUGUUGAAAAGAAAGUCUACCUACAUGAUAAAGCAAGAGUGAAGGCGGGCAAUGUGUGGUACCUUGACACGGGCGCUAGCAAUCACAUGACUGGCGACAAAACCCAAUUCGCAGAGCUUAACCUAGCCGUG